CCUUCGAAGCAUCACUUGGGCUGUCCUUUUUAAUUUAAUUUAAUUAAAUUUUUUUUUUUUAAAGAAAAAGGAGAAUGAUUUACUGUGCUCGCGGACUGCACUGGAUUGUUCUCAUGGCUUCCAAAUCUAAACCUCACCGUCCCCAUCAUCAAGAAGUGGCAGCAGGGACAGCGUUACAGAGCUCAACGAAGAGAGCCAGGACAAUGAGCACGGAGUCCUCUUUCAAAGACGCUUUUUCCAAAUACGCUGAUUAUCUCAACAACCUUAAUGAAAAGCGAGAGAGAGUGGUCAAAGCCAGUCGCGAUGUUACCAUGAGCAGCAAAAAGGUCAUAUUUCAAGUUCACAGACUCAGUAAAUAUAACAAAGAAGAAGUUCUUGAGAAGGCAGAAAAGGAUUUAGCAGCUGUGACAGAUCAGCACAUGUCCCGAUUGGUUAAAGAACUGCAAGGGACUGAUUUUUGGAAGCUAAGACGAGCAUACUCUCCUGGGGUACAAGAAUAUGUUGAAGCUGCAACAUUCUUUAAAUUCUGCCGAACAGGGACUCUCUUGAAUCUGGAUGAGAUAAAUGCUACUUUGUUACCACUCAGUGAUCCAUCUCUUGAGCCUUUGCAAUUAAACGUCCUUGACUAUCUUUUGGGGCUUGCAGAUUUAACAGGAGAGCUGAUGCGGUUGGCAAUAGGUCGAAUUUCAGAUGGUGAACCUGAAUUUGCAGAGAGGAUAUGUAAGUUUGUACGAGAAAUCUACAGGGAGCUGACUCUCAUUGUUCCGCAUAUGGAUGAUAGUUCUGACAUGAAAACAAAAAUGGAUACAAUGCUUCAAAGUGUGCUGAAAAUAGAGAAUGCUUGCUUUAGUGUCCAUGUGAGAGGAUCAGAGUAUAUGCCAUUGCUUGGAUCCAGUGAGCCAAAUUCCUUCUUGUUGGGGGUGUCUGACAUUGAAUUAUAAUGGGAGUUGAUUCUGCCUGGAAAUGCAUAGAAGAGAAAUUCAGUUGAUUCUGAACGUUUUGGAUCCAUUAUCUGCAGGAGUUCGACUCUGGAAAAGUCCCUUGCGUUGUUCAUUUGGUUUUGGUUUAUUUUUGUCAAUAUUUUGUACGAUCUGUUCAUGGUUACUUCGAGAGAGAAAAAAAGACAAACAAACAAACAAUAUGCUACUUUUUGAAGGAAAAGAAAUAUUUCUAGCUGCAGUGUCUCUUCAGCAGAAGUCAUUGUGAUGCUAAGAUUUGAAUUUGAACUUUGCUGGGAGGAGAUUGAAGUGGUAAGGUUAGAGAUGGUGCCUCCAAAAAAUGGUAGCUGUUCUACAAUACAUCAUAAAUUUGACAUGGAAAGACUGAGAAGCUAAUCAUGUACCUGGAACUAUUUUCCGUGAUUGAUUAAUGUUAUUGGUAAAAGUUGAGCUUAGGGUUGGGAAGAAGGGUAUAUGGAUAGGGCAGUGCCAAACUUUUACCCGUAUUUAAAAGGUGUAUGCCCAUAUAUAUAUUUAUAUUCA